AACCCAACUCUCUCGGUUUGGAAGGAAAUGAUUCGAGCUCGAAGUUGUAGAUAAAUAGAGAAAAUGGCGACGGAGAAAGCGAAGAUCGUGUGGAACGAAGGGAGGCAUAGAUUCGAGACGGAGGAUCACGAAGCUUUCAUAGAAUACAAGAUGAAGAACAACGGCAGAGUCAUGGAUCUGGUUCGAACCUACGUACCGUCUUCAAAAGCAGGUUUGGGUUUAGCUUCGCAUCUCUGCGUCGCUGCUUUCGAACACGCUUCCUCUCGCUCCUUCUCCAUCGUCCCCACCUGCUCCUACGUUUCCGAAACGUUUCUUCCUCGAAACCCAUCUUGGAAGCAUCUGGUUCACUCAGAGGAUCCCAAGUUCCUCAAAUCUAGCAUCUGAUCAGUGUCCUUCUUGUACGGAAGCUUUUUGGUGAAUAAAAACAUAAAUAUAAACAUUACAUUAUAAAGCUUCUUUUGUAACAAACAAAACCACAUAAUGUUAAUAGUUGGCUAUUACAGCAACAAACACUAAUGUUGUCAUCAUAAUAAUCAAAUAAACGUGAAACGUUACUAUU